GCUACUGCAAUCGCUAUUAAUCAAGGCUACAACACCAGCAGUCAACAGAAAAAAAAUUACCUAUCAUUGACCAAAACUAGCUAGGUUGUUAGAGAUCAAUAGCGAUUUGUAUAUUUGAAAACAGCCAUAUAGACAUGGCACGAUUCGCUUACAUGUAAAACCUCUGAUUGCGAGCCUGGCAGCUUUACCUGCACCGAUACCAGACCUACCUUCAAAGAUAUUCUACAGCCCAGGUAAGACAUCUACAUAUUCUGACACACAGGAAGCCAUGUCAGGUCAGAUGACAGAACAGUCACAACCUACAUUGGCUGAACAAGGAACAAAUCAAGAAUCAGAUAUACAUCCUUCUCCUCUCUUGGAGAAGGCAGUGUGUGUGCAUUCCUUCAAUCCUAAACAAAAGGGUACAGAAAAUAUAUCCAUAAGUGGACUGGACAUUUAUAAACAGCAUAUUUUUCUUGCUGAAAUCACAACUAACAGAACACUUGUAUUUACAGAUGAAGGUCAUUUUCAGUUUGACAUAAAAGUAAAAAGCCCAUAUAACGUUGCUGUGUCACAGACUGGUCACCUGUAUAUAACAUCACCGGGUGACAAAUGUGUCAAAGUGUACUCCACCAUUGGUCAGCAGGUGACAACCAUGGGUCAAGGUCAACUGGAGAUGCCAUCUGGUAUUACGCUGAACAGAGAAGGCCACGUCAUGGUUUGUGACAUGAUAGAGAAAUCCAUCUUCACGUUCCAUGCUAGCAGUGGACAGCUCAUGGAUAUUAUUUCACUCAGUAAGUGUAUUUAUCCUGCGUACAUCACAAUGCACAGUGUGAAUGAUAACAUUGUGAUAUCAGACUGGGGCACUAAGAGUGUACAUGUGCUGUCACCUACCGGUGAUCAGCUGUACCAGUAUGUCACACGAGACAGUGGUGAUGGUCAGCUGAAGAAACCAGACGGAGACAGUGGUGAUGGUCAGCUGAAGAAACCAGACGGAGACAGUGGUGAUGAUCAGGUGAAGAAACCAGAUCGAGGCAGUAGUGAUGUUAAGCUGAGCGUACCACAUGGAGUAUGCACAGAUAACCAUGGUCACAUCUUCGUUGCUGACUUUCUUAACCACAGGAUAGUGGCACUGAAUCCACAAGGAGAGUUUGUCAAAUACAUCGUCACUAAGGAUGAUGGGUUGAAGUAUCCCACAGCAUUAGCCAUCAAUCCUGCUGGUCAGCUGGUGGUGGCAGAGCAGUGGGGCAAAGUUAAGACAUUCCAGUACUUACAAUGA